CUCAAAUUGACACUCAAUUUUCUAGGCCCUAGAUUUACAUGAUAAGAUGAUUUAGAUUAGAUUUUAGAUAUCUACUUACUGAGUGAUAUUAGUGAUAUAAAGUCUAGUAUUAUAGUUUUAAGGAGGAGUCUAUUGACUAUAUUUGUUUUCCCGACUAAUUUUACACAUUUAACAAACAAGACUUACAUAAAGAUUAGAUCUAGUAGGCCUGCUGAACUUAAUUUGACUUUGGAGAGCGUGAGAGAAAUAACGUUUACAAACAUUUGACCAGCUAGACAGAGUGAGUUGAUAUAAGGUAGAAUCAUCAUUUUGCUUCAACAAAAAUGGCUUUACAAGAAGUUGAUGUGAAGGAAUAUUUGGUGGACUGGGAGAGCUUAUCACUAACAGAAGAAGAGGUCAAAUCACCUGUAUGGAAACAGAUUUUGGACAAUAAUGUUAUAGACAGAAAAUAUGUGCAUGUGUCUGAGGAGCAAGAAUCAAUAGAAGAUGAUUUGGCCAAUUAUACUUUUGAAAAUGAUUUUUCUGAUGAGGACGAAGAUUCUGAGCCUAAAACCAAAGGUAUAUAUCAGUUUGAUAGAGAUGUGAACACCUUAAAGCUUAGAGAUUACCAAAAAGAAUUAAUCUGUAAAGCCCGAGGUGUUAAUGCUGUGAUCUGUGCACCUACUGGAUCAGGAAAAACAAGAGUAGCUACUCAGAUCAUUUUGGAUCAUCUUCAGCAACCAGGGGAAAAGAAAAAGAAAGUGGUAUUUUUAGCAACAACUGUUCCACUUACUAUGCAGCAGUAUAAUGCAUUACUCAAGUAUCUUCCUGAAGACUACAAGAUCACACCUUUAAAUGGUCAAAGCAAAAACAGCAUGAGCCUUGAAAGCUUAUUAGAUUACAAUGACAUCUUUGUUAUGACACCAAUGAUACUAGUCAACAAUGUCAAAAACUGUAACUUGAAGUUGGACAUAUUUACUCUGAUUGUAUUUGAUGAAUGUCAUCACACAAGGAAAGAGGAGCCCUAUAAUUUACUCAUGACCUCUUACUUGAAAGACAAAGCACAAGGACUUGUGAUGCCGCAGAUAUUGGGCCUCUCUGCUACAAUUAGUAUUGAGGAAAGCUUAGCAGUUGAUCAGGCUAGGAAAGUGAUUUUAGAGUUUCUGGGUAAUCUUGAUGCACACUAUCUUGUGACAGUCCAAGAUCACAUUGAAGAGAUGAAUUUAGCAGUGCCUAAACCUACAGACGAGUAUCAACUUAUUAAAGAACUAACACCAGAUGAAACACUGAUUAGGAUGACAGAUGUCAUGAAUAAAAUUGAAGCCAAAGUAAUUGAAUUUGCCAGCAGAUUCAAUGAUAAAGAUGUGAAAAAAUGUUUGAGCAUCAUACCACUCAACAAAAAGUUGCAAGCCUAUGGUCAGUGGGCAGUGCAGCUCAAAGAUGCUGUUCAGAAGGUGCCAAACAAGGGAUUAGGAAAAGAGGAUCAUGAAAUCAUUCUGUUGUUAUCUGAUGCAUUAGAAUAUUUGUUUAGUUACAAUGCUGCUCUUGAAAUCUAUGACUUGGUGGAGCCCAUUGAUAUUUUAAACUACUUGGAGAAAAACUUUAGGAAGUUUGCAUUACAAGAUCACAAAGAUGAGCACAGAACUCAUUUUUUCCAAUAUUUUCAAGAUCUGAAACAGCUUAUUUUAAACAGCGGUGAGGGAGAUAAUCCAAAUCUGAAGGUACUGGCUGAUGUCCUGAUGAAGAAUUUAGUAAAAAAAGAUGAGUCUAGAGGAAUCAUUUUUGUAAAGACAAGAGCGCUUGCAGAGUCAAUAAAGGCGUGGUUCAAUAGAAGUAGAAAUUCAAAUCUGAAAACUUUGAAUGCAGAAAUUUUUACUGGAGCUAAUGUUUCCGAGGAGCAAGGAGGCAUGUCACAAAACAAACAAGAAGAAAUCAAAGAAAGAUUUAAAAGUGGAGAUAUUAAAGUUUUGAUAGCUACCUCUGUAGCUGAAGAGGGUCUUGACAUUCAAACCUGCAAUCUGAUUGUCAACUACAAUCAUGUUGGAAAUGAAGUUACUCAUGUCCAGAAAAAAGGGAGAAGUCGAGCUUUUGGUGGCAUUUGCUACUUACUUGCAAUGGAAGAAGUGGUAAAGAGAGAGGAAAACAAUAAAAAAAAGUCUGUGAUCAUGGAACAGGCAAUACAGCAAGUCUCCUUAAUGAAAGAUAGUGAAAGAAUUGCUUUGAUUUUGGAAUAUCAAGAAAAAAACAUGGAACUGUUAACAUUAUUAGAAGAACAAGAAAAAUGCUCUUUUAAAACUGCUGAUUUUCAAGUGGUUUGUCGCAAAUGUAGACAAGUAAGAAUCAACAGCUUUAACAUGAGAACAAUCUUAGGAAAAUAUAGAAUUUCCAUUGAUAGGAAUCUUCUAACUAAUAAGUUUAUUGUUUGCAAACCUGACAAACCAGAAUUCAUGGAUGAGCUAGAAUUUGUAGGGAAAACAUAUUGUUGCGGUAAGCUUCCCUCAGGAGCAACUUGUGGAAGUCAACUGGGACUGAUGAUCAAACAUAAAAAGGUUCCUUUUUUUAACGUUGGCAUAAAAUUUAUUGGAAUUUUAACUGAUGACAGCAAACCACUACUUUUGUGUAAACAGUGGAAGAAAAUGCCAUAUGACAUUGAAGAACUUUCUUUUGAUGACAUUAAAAAUUACAUCAAAGAAAUGUAAAAUUUAACAAGAUAGUUUUUGUUGUAUGAACAAAUCAGUAUGGUAAAGUAGUUUCUGAGAUUUCACAUUCAAAUACAUAAACAUUUGAGUUGCUUGUCUGAAAAAUAUUGUAAUGCAAUGGAUCACACAGUUUUUUUGUCCUGGAACUUAUACCAUUCUCAACAGUUUGAAUGCAGUUAAUUGUUUGAGACUUAUUUUCUAGAUCGUACAGAUUACAAUUUUCUUAAUUAAAAUCAUAUUUUGCUGUUAUAUUCUACAAGAGACUUCUUAUCUGUUCUUUCAUCAAUAAUCAUUCAAACUUCAUGGGGUCUUUGUCAUGAUUAUUCAACAUUAAUUAUCAACUUUGUCAACAUACCAUUGCUAAACAUACAAAGUAACUGUUUUUGAACUGUACCUGUAAAGUAGAAAACUAUUUCUAAACAUAUAUACAACCAAAAAUUUACAUUGAUGAUCUAUGAUAUGUAAUUUUGGCUCUAGGUAUGUUACCUAUGAUGUGAGCAAAUCUAAUUAUGUUGAUGCAAAAUAUAAAAAAAAAGAAAAUGAGAGAAAUGUUUUCAAAUUAUAUUUUGUUAAAAACUUUUUUUUUUAUGUGUUGAAUGCAGAUUUUCAAGAAGGAAACAAGCUACAUUUUACAAAGCUUAUGCCAACUCUGUCUGAGUGGAAUCUUGUACAUAUUUUUUUCUCCCUUUUCCCAUUCUCGGAUCAAGUUGACAAUGUGCACAAUUAUCCAUUGUCGAUAACAACACAUUAAUCAAUUGAAAAAUUAACCAAUUAUUUAAUCAAUCAGUCGUAAUUAAUUAAUUCUGUUUUAUAAGGAUAAUGGUCUAAGGGGAGAUAAGCCUUGUGUAGAGAAUUAGGUCAUUUGCUAUAAAUUUUAAAAUAUAUACUAUAAAACCUUCUAUUUUUCUUAGUAGGCCUACUUGAAUAGCUUAUCAGCUUUCUAUCAUGGAGACCUUUUAUUCCAAUUCAGACUCAUGCUUAUUCUUUUUUUAAAUAGCUUUUGAAAAAGCAGCAUGGAAUAAUAAUAAUAAUAAUCUUUAUUGUCCGUAUGGAAAUUCAAACCUUCUCCCAGAUAUCGCUUCCCCCAACUGGUCCACAAAAUUCAUUGGACCUUAUCGAAAUUAGCAUUCUAUAAGCAUGAAAGUUGUGCUAAACAAAAACCAUUAAUAAAAUAUUUCCUAUUGCAAAAAUGUAUUAUUGUAAGUCUAGAUCAGGGGUGUGCAACCUUUUUAUAUAAAGGGCUGCAAAAUUUAUUUUGGUAUGAGGAGCCGAGUAUAUAUAUUUGAAUAUUUAUUUUCUAAAUCAAGUAUUUCUCUGAACUGCCUGUGGUUAAGACUCCUAGCCCUUAUAAAUUUGAUCACUGCAACAAUCAGCUCAAUAAAUGCUGGAUAUUCAAUGCAGCUUUGCACAAACUGUCUUGAUGAAUGACACAGCGGAGAGGUAAGAGUCAGUAUACUUCCCUUUAAUUUCACCAUUCAUCAGUUUCAACAAACCUAGAUCUGUUUUCCCAGUCAAAGCACAGGCUCCAUCAAUUGUUACAUUUAAUAUGUUGUUUCAUGGCAACCAAAUUAUUUCAACAAAGUUUUUGGCAGUAUUGAACAAAUCUUAGCCUGUGGUUGUAUCUCUGAGUGGUUCAACACUGAGCUGAAACAGUAUCCACUCCCCAGAUAAAUAUCUGUAAUUGUGCUAUGUCAUACUUUCUUCCAAUGCCAGUGAGUACCACAAAAAAAAAUCCUUUCUUGCAUUGGUGCAGCAAAUUAUCGUUUUAAAAACCCUAAUUACUUUUCUACUUGACAGAGUAAUGCUAUCAAAUUUCUUUUUCUGUUCAAGACACAUGAUAUUGGCUGCAUUUGACAAGUAUUCUUAUAUUCACCAUCUCAAAAAAAAAAGUUCUGUUUGACAAUCUUGUGGCACAUCACAAAAUUAACUUCUGUUGCAGCUUCUAAUGAUGAUUGUUUAACUCCUGGAUUUUUUUUUCCUUUGUGAGAUUGCAUCCAAAAUCAGGAUGCUUCGUUUGGUGGUGUCCUUUUUUAAAUUAUUGUAAUAUUUACAAAUAUUGAUCUGUUCACUGUACAGCCAGCACGCUGCUUUCAUGAAAAAUAUUUAUCCAUAAUUUCAUCGUUUAAAAAAUAAAAUUUAUCUUCUGUUUUUCUUUUUUAGAAGCAUUCAUGAUAAAAGUGUUGUAAAAUGUUUAACCUCCAAUCCAUUAAUACUUAAGUAUAAAAACAUUAUCUUUUUUGACACAACUUUGAAACAAAGCAAAGACAACUACCAUUGAGCAAAAUGCAAUUUGAAUCUAAUCCUGAAUAAUUCUACAUAGUUCCUGUUGGAAUUAUUUUUUUAUACUUAAAAUAUUUUAGAAUUAUAGAGAAUGUUUUCUUUUGCCUCUUCAUCGUCAGAAUUGAUAAUAUAAAAUAUAAAAAAUCUAUAAACUGUAGACAGAAGUUUCUCAAACUGUGUAGAUAUUUAAAUUUAUUUUUAAAAUAUAUGAAUUAUUAUAGAUACAAUCUGUGGAUACACCUAAUCUCUGUAAGUGUCCUUGGGCCACAUAAAAUACUCUGGAGGGCCAAAUGUGGCCUGCGGAUCAUAAUUUGUCCACCCAUCUUCUAGAUAUAUUAACACUUAAUCACUUGAUUGAUUCUAAAUUAAUGCAAUUUUACUCAACAGAAGCUUUGUUUUUAAAAAUUAUUUUAAAAAUUUUAUUUGUAGUCUUAUCUUAAACUGCCAAGAGUGGAUGAAAUAAUUAUUCAUUUUUGUGUUUUCACCUUAAUUAAAUAUAAGUAAAUGCCUUAAAAUAGAUACAUUUUUUAUGUCAGGCUAAGCACUUUUCAAAUAGUCUUGAGCACUAGGAUUGUAAGUAAGUUAGAGCUAUAUUGUUUUCUUUGUUUUUCCACCAUCAUGUGAUAAUCUUAUAUGAAUAUAUAUUUUUAUUCUGUAAUCUACAUUUUAUGUUAAAAAAGUAUUUUUUUUUACACAAUAUGUCAGUGUGAUAUUGUUUUAAUUUUAAAAACCCUUGACUGUAAGAUGAAGUUGAUCCCAAGUUAUGAAGUUUGAUAUUUUUACAUAAUUAAUGGUCCUUGGUACUAUUCUACAGAUUGUGAAUCAGAUUUUGUGUGUGCAUUUUUUGUAAUUACGCAAGAUAUUCAAGUACAGAGUACAAGAGGCUGCAAUAUAGCCCACAUUAAAUAUGUACAUUAAAUUUAAAUUUUCAUUGAAAGCCAUAAUUUUACUUAAAUCUUUUUUUUUUUGUGAAAAUGAUCUUCAACUAGUUGCAAUAUUUUGGGUUCUUGGCACAAUUAAUUAUUCACUAUUUGUGCUUGAUCUGUCCUUCACCAUGUAUUUAUGCAUAGGCCUAUCAAUCAGGGCAUUUAAGACUGUUAUUAAUUUAACUGAUUCUAAAUGUGCUGUUGUUUUUAACAGCAAACUAUGUGUUUUAUUUAUACUUGGUGACAUUUAUAAUGAAAGAUAAAACAAGAAAAAAGAAACCUACAGUUUUUAUUAAUUUUAAUAUUAUGAAAUGUUGUAUGAUUAUUAAAUAACUUAUAAUCACUACCCCUGAGUCAUAUUUCAAUGUAAAAAUUUUUUAAUUUAACUAUACAUAAAACAAAACUCAAAACUGCAAUUCAGAGUUUUAUUUUUUUUCUAUAAAUUGUAUCACGUUCUGUACAUUGUUUGUCAACUAAGUACAAUUUACACAAUAAAACUGAAUUCAGGUAAGACUGACUAAUUGCAAAAAAAUUAAUUGAUGGAAAGGGGGGGGGGGGACAAAUGUAAAAUAGGGAUGUUAAAGAAGACUGUAGGAGAUGUAUAAAAUAAUGAUAUGCAAUUUUGGUGUGAGAAGUUCUGUCAAUGGAUUAUAAAAAAAAAAUACAAAACUUUUAUUACAAAAUUUGUUUUUCACUAUACUGUAAUCUCUCUCUCUCUCUCUCUCUCUCUCUCUAUAUAUAUAUAUAUAUAUAUAUAUAUAUAUAUAUAUAUAGUAUACAGUCUCACCUCUUCCCCCACAAAAAAUGUUAGAAUAAAGAUCUUGACUAUUUCAUGAUUGCAUAUUGCCAACUAUGAAAGGUCAGAUUCCUACCAGAGACCAUGAUGUUGACAAGCUUAACCCUCCCCCUCCUAAAUUAUAGGCUAAGUGUGGAAAAUGAGCAGGAUGACAUGCAUUUUUUUUUUACUAUUCAGUUGGAGAUUAAUUAAAAAACAUUUUUUUCUGUAUUUUCUGUGAAUAAAAAUAAAGCUUCAAUUUUUUUUUUC